GAUAGUUGGAAAUGAAAAUCAUUUUUGUGGCAGUUCUUACGAGCAUGAGAGUGCUACAAUGGCAAUGCUUACUGUUCGUCCAACUCGAGCUCUUCCUUGUUCCUUCUCAGAUUUUUCUGCCGCACUCCCGCCAGGGUUUCCCUUCUGCUCAUUCUCUCCUUACCUCCCAACACUGGUUUCGCCACGCAGGCUCCGCUCUUUUCGUUGCUCUACGAGCUCAUCGGAUCACCAUAAAUCACCUCCUCUGUUGAAGUCAGCCAUCAGUGGAUUAACCGAGCUCCUUAGGACCUUUUCCCCGAAGAAAAGGAGGGAUGAUUCUGGGUUUGAGGAUGCGCCUUUGGCCGGCAGCGUGGACGAUGUGCUUCAAAUUCUCAGUAUAGAUUACGGCCGUGCUUAUUUCCUUACAGGAAAUUUUACUUCAAACAUUUAUGCCAACGAUUGCUUGUUUGAGGAUCCCACCAUUAAAUUCACUGGAAAGGAUCAAUACUUACAGAAUCUGAGGUUGCUUGUGCCUUUCUUUGAUUGCCCUUCACUUGUUUUGCAGAAAAUUGAGAAGGGCUGUAACAAUGGAACGAACUUCAUUAUUGCAAAAUGGAAACUAAGGACAUACCUGAAAUUUCCUUGGAGGCCUUUCAUUUCAAUUACAGGGACAACAACCUAUGAUUUGAAUGAAGAGUUUCAUAUUGUGAAGCAUGCUGAAAAUUGGAAUAUAUCUCCAUUGGAAGCAAUUGGUCAAAUAUUUGCUCCUGGUUCGAGAGAGGUCGGCGAGUAAUGGGUGUACUUAAAGUAUGUUUACAUUGGAUGCAGUUGGUCAGUAUUUAAUCCUGCUUCUAGAGAGGUUGCUGAGCAAUGGAGUUGUUAUUGCUAAGAAUGCAUUUUAUGUGAUAUAAUCCAUUUGCAUUAUUAUAUACUAUCGUCUGAUGGCAAGGAUUGCAUCUUUUCUUGUAUUGUUGUGUCAUCUUUUUGUUAUGAAUAAGGGCUGAAAGCUAUUGGA